UCCUGAUUGGCGGGAAUCUUAGAAUCCGGCGCGGGAGGGGCAGCGUUGCGUGAGGGGGUUCUUCUCCCCUCAGGGCGCAUGCGCGUGAGCUUGGUGGGGAGAUGGUUGGCUUUCUUUUCUUCUUCUGGACGGAACUGGGAGCCGAUCCUUUCCCAUUGAGAGGAGCUUCCUUCACAUUAUUUAUGUUUUAGGAUAUUAGUAUCUUCGUUCUUAUAGAACUAAUAUUGACCUUCGUGAACUUGGACAGUUUCAUUCCAGAGCAUUUUGGGAAGACUUUCCUCAUCAUUACAGCAAAAAAAAUAUCAUUUUCCCCUCAUUAUGUGGAAUAUGGAUAUUCUAUAUUCAAGGACAGGGCCCUUUGUCUGAGAGAACAACCAGCAAGACCUCUUCUUUCUUCAGUGGAGUAAAGGAUCAGGACAAAAUUGGACAGCAUGAAUUUCUCCGAAAUACUCAAACUCUCCAACCAGUUGUGCAAGUUCUCUCCAGAUGGGAAAUGCCUGGCUUCAGGAGUGCAGUAUCGUUUGGUGAUUCGCGAGGCCAACACCCUCCAAAUCCUGCAGCUCUUCACUUGUUUGGACCAAAUCCAACACAUCGAAUGGUCUUCGGACUCUCUCUUUAUCUUAUGUGCAAUGUACAAGCGCGGAAUUGUGCAGGUCUGGUCCUUGGAGCAGCCCGACUGGCACUGCAAGAUCGACGAAGGCUCAGCCGGAUUGGUGGCCACUUGCUGGAGUCCCGACGGCCGUCACAUCCUCAACACCACUGAGUUUCACCUGCGGAUAACUGUAUGGUCCUUGUGCACCAAAUCCGUGUCUUAUAUCAAGUAUCCCAAGGACUGUCAGCAGGGAAUCGCGUUCACGAAGAACGGGCGCUACAUGGCCUUGGCGGAGAGGAGAGACUGCAAGGACUACAUCAGUCUUUUCGUCUGCAGCGAUUGGCAGCUCUUACGGCAUUUUGAAACUGAAACUCAGGAUAUGGCCGGGAUUGAAUGGGCUCCGAAUGGCUGUGUAUUGGCAGUAUGGGACAGCUGUCUUAAGUACAAAGUGUUGCUCUACUCGCUGGAUGGCCGCCUGCUUUCUACUUAUUCAGCCUACGAAUUGUCGCUGGGUGUCAAAUCCAUUGCCUGGAGCCCCAGCAGUCAGUUCUUGGCCAUCGGCAGCUUUGAUGAAAAGGUGCGCAUUCUGAACCAUGUGACCUGGAAGAAAAUAGCUGAGUUUGAGCAUCCUGUCGAUAUUGUGAGCCCAAAGAUAAUUAUUUAUAAGGAAGUGGAGAAGUCGCCGGCAGUGGAUACGGAGAAGCUGGCUUUUCCUCCAAGCAAGAAAAUGGCCGGCUCUCUCUUCCGUACGAAGAGUAAAUACGAAAUUGUCCCGGUCCCGUUGUCUUUGCAUCUUGUAAAGCCUGCUAUGGACCAGGCAAACCCAAGGAUUGGGGUUGGGAUGUUGGCUUUCAGCUGCGACAAUUGCUUCCUGGCCACCAGAAAUGAUAACAUCCCCAGUGCGGUCUGGAUUUGGGAUGUCCAGAAGAUGAAGCUGUUUGUGAUCUUGGAGCAGCUCUGCCCAGUCCAUCUCUUCCAAUGGGAUCCUCGUCAGCCCCGGCUGGCCAUUUGCUCAGGGAACAACAGAGUAUACCUGUGGUCUCCAGCAGGAUGUGUCUCGGUCCAGGUGCCAAUGGAUGGUGACUUCCAGGUGACUUCGCUUUGCUGGCACUCCAGCGGAAACUCUCUGGCGCUCUUGAGCAAAGACAACUUCUGCAUGUGUUACCUGGAAAAACCAGAGGAAGAUCCCAACUAGGAAAGCUAAGUGGUGGGAAAAAGAGAUGCCUGUUUCCCUGCAUUGUUUUUUGUUCAAGCCACAAAAAAGUUCAGAAAACUACUCUGACAAAUGAAUCCGGUUCAGUGUAGAAACUUGCAAUUUGACUGCAAAAGAAGGUGAGGCAGUGAGUGAUGACUGUGAAUGCACUUUAAGCAAUAUCGUUGUUUUCGGUGUUUUUAUUUUUUAACAUGAUGCUUUCAUAAACUUGAAUAAAAACUGUUUUUGCUAAA